AUGUAUCGGGGUUCGUUCGCUCCCCCGCCCGCGCAAUCGCCCCCCCUUCAUCACCCAGUCCCACAACAUGUCUCGACAGUCCCUAUGAUGCGCUCACCUCCACCGCCAGUUCCCCAACAACCCCCAAGUGCUGGAUAUGGCGGGAAUCCAUAUCAGCCAUCGCCGGCUCAGGGCGGCAGUGGAAGUUACGCGCCUGGGCCUGGGUUCGGUGGCUUCAUCAACGAACCCACGGCACAGAUGGGUUUCCAGGUUGGCAAGAGUGCAAUGGCUGCUGGACAAGAGUACAUGGAAUCAAACUUCAAUCGCUACGUCUCUAUACCCGCCCUCAAGCACUAUUUUAACGUCUCCAACUCCUACGUCCUGAACAAGCUGUUGCUUGUCCUCUUCCCCCUGGCGGCACAAGCCAUGCAAGCCCGAAUGGCAUCUGCCUCCACCGGACCAGACGGCCAGAUCAUCCAACAAAAUUACUCGUCCAUGUUCCUUCCUCCGCGCGACGAUCUCAAUUCGCCCGAUAUGUACAUCCCCGUCAUGGCUCUGGUUACAUAUAUUUUGUUAUCGGUGCUAUUGGCUGGAUUCCGGGGCAACUUCCACCCUGAGCUUCUGGGUUCGAUCACUACUACAGCCAUCGCGGUGAUUCUCUUCGAGAUUAUGUGUUUGAAGCUGGCAACCUACAUUCUGAGCAUCAACAAUGACUCGCAAUUGCUUGAUCUCGUGGCUUAUUCAGGGUAUAAGUUUGUGGGAAUCAUCGUCACUAUGGUGGCGGCUGAGAUUUUGAAUCCCGGCCAGGGAACCGGAGGCUGGGUUGGUUGGACCGUCUUUGCGUAUACCUUCUUGGCCAACGCAUUCUUCUUGCUGCGCUCUUUGAAGUAUGUGUUGCUGCCUGAUUCAGCUGACUCCGCCAUGCAUGCUGGCUCAAUGCGCCCCGUGGCUCGGUCCCAGCGCAACCGUCGCACCCAAUUUUUGUUCGUCUACUCCUAUGUCGUGCAGUUCAUUUUCAUGUGGGUUCUCAGUCGGGAGGGACCGUCCGCGGCAUCUAAGGCCUCUGCGUCGCCAUAA